AUGAAGCUGGAAGCUUUGGCUUGGUUGUUUUGUCCGACGUCAAUUGCUGUGUCUUGUAUUGCAGUGAUCCUUGUGUAUUUAUUGAUCCCUUCACCUCGCGACCGUGCCGUACAGCAUCUGCCGAGCCCCGAGCCGAAUUAUCCAAUCCUGCGGAAUUCCCUUGAGCUUUACAAGGUACAAAAGUCUGGCAAGUUUCUCGACUGGGUUUUUAAGUAUUGCCACAAGUACCAAGGCAAGCCGUGGUGUAUUCAUGCCAUGGGCAAGGAACCGUGUGUUGUGCUCUGCUGUCCCGAAGCGUUUGAGGAUGUCGUGAAGACGCAAUUUGACGCAUUCGACAAAAGCCCCAAUGUUGCAGAAGCAAUGUUGGAUGUGUUGGGUCAUGGAAUCUUUGCUGUCAGUGGACCUCUAUGGCUACGUCAACGCAAGAUUGCGAGUCAUCUGUUCACAGCACAAAUGAUACAGUAUGCCAUGGAAGUGGUGGUUCCUGCAAAGGGCGAGGAGCUGGUGAAGCGCCUCGACGAGAUAUGUCAAAAGGAGAACGAAGAUGAGCGCGUCGUGAACAUAAAGCGACUGCUGGAGUUGUACACGAUGGACAUAUUUGCAAAAGUCGGGUUUGGUGUCGAUUUGCAUGGUGUGCAGUUCAACCAGAACGCUGAGCCACUCGAUGCGUUUCAGCGAAUGUCUGUGCGGAUUUUAAAACGGAUUCAGCAACCGAUGUGGAUUUGGAAGUUCCUGCGCUGGCUGAACGCCGGACCGGAGAAACAAUUUGCCGAAGACAUUAAGAUAAUGGAUGAGUUUGUGUAUAGUGUCAUCUGCCGCUCGAUCGAAGAGAAGAAGAAGCCAAAGGGAUCGAUUGCGAAUUGUCGAAAAGACCUUAUUUCACUCUUUAUCGAGAAAUGGGAGAUGGAGUUUACUAAUGGCGUGCACACGACGAACGACCUGAAAUUAAUGCGAGAUUUUGCAGUAAGUCUUUUAGCAGCUGGACGAGAGACAACAGCGACCACAAUAUCGUGGGUGAUUUUAAUGCUGAACAGAUAUCCAAAGGUUCUAGAGCAAGUCCGUCACGAGCUGAAAAACAAGCUACCAGACCUUGCAAGUGGAAAAAUGUGUACUCCAAGUCUAGAAGACAUUCAGCCUCUUGUCUAUCUCGAAGCUACUAUUCGAGAAACCUUGCGAUUGUUUCCUGUUGUAACGGUUACUGGACGCUCUGCGACUCGGGAUGUUUGGCUCUACGAUGGCACAUUUAUCAAAGCAGGAACGCGAGUAAUUUUACCCCAUUAUUCAAUGGGCCGCAUGACGACCGUAUGGGGUCCGGACGCGAAUGAAUUUAAACCAGAACGUUGGCUCGAUUCGACUAUGAACCGAACCAAAGCGGCGUCACCAUUCAAGUUCAGUGUUUUUCUUGGUGGACCUCGUAUUUGUUUGGGGAUGAAAUUUGCUCUCUUGGAGAUGAAAAUCACUCUUGCCAAGCUAUUGAGUCAUUUUGACUUGAAGACAGUCAACGAUCCGUUUGAGUUGACAUAUGGUUCAUCCAUAACACUGCAGAUCAAAGGACCAUUGGACGUGAUGGUGUCGCACUUGACAAAGUAA